UAAAAAACAAGAAAAAGGGUUACACAGACACUUACAUUUACUUCCAACAAUAGAAUAGGGGAAGACACUAAAAAAGUGGUUAGUUGUCCCUCCCUCCAAAAACAAAAUCCUAUGGCCUUUUCAAUUCUCUCCAUUUUUUCUUCACCAUUUAUCUUCCCUCUCAAAACCCCAAAACCUUUUAAACCCCAAAAACAUCGAACCAUAACUUGCUGUUCACAAGAACCAAAAAGACCCUCCAAAAACCCACAAAGACCCACUUCCAGAAACAGGAAAAGAACGCCAUAUGGAACCUCUAGGAGGUCAAUUCUCAAGAAAACAUUCACUCAAGAGCAGGUCAAAUUCACUGCAGGUGUUUCAGCUGAUCCUCACGUGGGGAUUAUUGGUGGAGGAAUGGCUGGUCUUAUUUGUGCUUUGAACUUGGAGAAAAGAGGUGUUAAGUCGACUGUUUUUGACACGGGAAUGCAUGGUUUGGGAGGAAGAAUGGGAACUAGAGUCAUUGAUCCUCAACAACUUAUAUUUGAUCAUGCUGCUCAGUUGUUUACUGUGAGUGAUUCUAGGUUUGCUGAGCUAGUUGAAUAUUGGUUGGAGAAAGGUUUGGUUCGACAAUGGCAAGGUUUAGUUGGUCUGCUUGAAUUGGGUGGUCAGUUUGUGCCUCUUCCUUCAUCAGCCCCAAGGUUCAUAGGUGUUAAAGGAAUGCGCCCUUUAGCAGAUUCGUUACUUUCUGAGACUUCUAUGGUCAAUGUGGUGAGACCUUGCUGGAUAAGCAAACUUGAGCCAUUUAAUGGGAUGUGGCACUUGAGUGAGAAUGGAAGGCCUCGUGGGAAGUUUGAUGCAAUUGUUAUUGCUCAUAAUGGAAAAUGUGCAAAUCGCUUGCUUGCUUUAUCAGGGUUACCUUUGAUUGCUAGACAAAUGAAGAGGCUAGAAUUGAGCUCUAUAUGGGCCCUUCUUGCUGCAUUUGAGGAUCCCCUUCCCAUUGGAGAUGGUAAAGUGACAUUUGAAGGUGCCUUUGUUAAAGGAGUUGAUUCUGUAUCUUGGAUGGCGAACAACUCAAUGAAGCUUUUGGGUUCUCACAGUAAUGGUCCUCACUGUUGGACCUUUUUCAGCACUGCAGCAUAUGGAAAGCGAAACAAGGUUCCUCAGGAAAACAUACCUACUGCAACAGCAGAUAAGGUAAAGACAAGCAUGCUUGAGGGCGUGGAAGCGGCACUUGGACUACCAAAAGAAUCACUUCAGAGACCUUUUUACGCUAGAGUCCAGCUAUGGGGUGCGGCUCUUCCGACAAACUCUCCCGGUAUUCCAUGUAUUUUUGAUCCUUAUGGAAGGGCUGGUAUUUGUGGCGAUUGGUUGUUAGGAUCAAAUUUAGAGUCAGCAGCUUUAAGUGGCAUGGCUCUCGCUAAUCAUGUAAGUGCCACUGUCAUUCUUCUUUACUCAUUGGUACUUUUCGUUUUGGGAUUGCAAACUGGAAAGACCAUUCUUCUGUCAUGUCUUGCUGUUCUAUUCAGACUGGUUAUCAGGCUUGUUUUGAUCCUGUACACCUCGAUUAUUCAUUAUGUAGAUUGCGGACUAUUUCCAAAGUGGUGGAGCUUGUCCUGAGGAGUUUGCUGUUGGUUUGGAAAAGGAAUUUCAGCCAAUUCAAGGACAUGACAUUGGACAAUUUCCUGGUGUUGAAUCCUUAACACACGACAAUCAA